UUCAACCUGUGUAUGGAGCACAGCAUCCUCCGCUGGAUCCCCAGCUCACCAAAAACUUCAUCAAGGACCGCUCCAAGGCCAACGCGCUGCCUAUGAAAAGCAAGAAGGCCUCCAGCUUUCACGAGUUUGCCCGCAAUACCAGUGAUGCCUGGGACAUUGGUGAUGAUGAAGAUGAGGACUUCUCUUCCUCCUCUUCUUUGCAAACUCUGAACUCUAAAGUGGCCAAGGCCACGGCAGCCCAGGUUCUGGAGAACCACAGCAAGCUGCGGGCAAAACCCGAGCGGGCCCAGUCCUCUCUCAGCGACAUGCCCACCAACUGCAAGGUCAUCAAGUCCAGCAGCGAGGCUCAGCUCUCCAGGACAUCUGAGGAGGCCUGUAUGCGGACCCCCCUUCAGAAGCAGCAGUCCCUUCCCCUUCGGCCCGUCAUUCCACUCGUCGCCCGAAUCUCUGACCAAAAUGCUUCAGGUGCUCCCCCCAUGACAGUGAGGGAGAAAACCCGCCUGGAGAAGUUUCGGCAGCUCCUUUCCAGCCACAACACGGACCUGGAUGAGCUGAGGAAAUGCAGCUGGCCUGGUGUGCCCAGAGAGGUCCGGCCCGUGACGUGGCGUCUCCUCUCAGGUUAUCUCCCUGCAAACAUGGAGCGGCGAAAGCUGACUUUGCAGCGUAAGCGGGAGGAGUACUUUGGCUUCAUCCAGCAGUAUUAUGAUUCCCGGAAUGAGGAACACCAUCAAGACACCUACCGACAGAUCCACAUCGACAUUCCAAGGACCAACCCACUCAUCCCCCUCUUCCAGCAGCCGCUCGUCCAGGAGAUCUUUGAAAGAAUCCUGUUUAUCUGGGCCAUUCGACACCCAGCCAGCGGCUAUGUACAGGGAAUCAAUGACCUGGUCACUCCGUUCUUUGUUGUGUUCCUCUCUGAGUAUGUUGAAGAGGAGGACGUGGAGAACUUCGACGUGACAAACCUGUCGCAGGAUGUUUUACGGAGCAUCGAAGCUGAUAGCUUCUGGUGCAUGAGCAAGCUGCUGGACGGGAUACAGGAUAACUACACCUUUGCACAGCCAGGGAUCCAGAAGAAAGUCAAAGCCCUGGAGGAGCUAGUCAGCCGGAUCGAUGAGCAGGUACAUAAUCACUUUAGGAAGUACGAGGUCGAAUACCUGCAGUUUGCCUUUCGCUGGAUGAACAAUCUGCUGAUGAGGGAGCUGCCUCUUCGCUGCACCAUCCGCCUCUGGGACACCUACCAGUCGGAGCCAGAAGGAUUCUCACAUUUCCACCUGUACGUCUGCGCCGCCUUCUUGAUCAAGUGGCGUAAGGAGAUCCUAGAUGAGGAAGACUUCCAAGGCCUUCUAAUGUUGUUACAAAACCUGCCCACGAUACACUGGGGUAACGAAGAGAUCGGACUCCUGCUCGCCGAAGCCUACAGACUCAAGUACAUGUUUGCAGACGCCCCCAAUCAUUACC